AUGUACAUUUACGAGCUGGACGCACAUGGCCACACCGCCGCUUCCGAGGACAGACGCAUGUCCUUUAGCUCACUCGACUCAGACGAGAACUCGUUUGCCACGGCAGCAGAGUCUCGAACAAACAGCGGCCUGGGCAUCGCCAACAGCAACGCCCGCCCUAUGACCUCCCAGCAACUCACACCCGCCACCGCGCUGAGUUCAAACUGGCCGGGCGGCAUUCUUCGCCGCAUCGACAUUCGCGUCGAGUCCAAGGAGCUCCUGGAGCCGCGGAGUGAGGCGGCCUCUCGGCCUCAGUCACGACCCUUCUCUCGUGGGGUCGCAAGAGAUCGCAGGCGGACCUCCGAGGCCGAGGAUGAGGCCUGGCAUGAGGUCGCCGAGUUCUUGCGUAAUGUGACGCCGCCGCCAUCCAACUUCAUGUCUGUGCCUACAGAACCCUACUCCCCAACAACUGUCUCGUCAAGGUCGAGUAUACGGCGAAGGAAUAGCAAACAGAGGAAGGGCGCCCUACGGCGCUGUCUUUCGUUUCUGAGAGGGGCUUCCAGGCAAAAGAAGGUCUUACGGAAGCCGUCUGUGAGGCCACCUUCGCCGGGUCUUACCCGUUCGCCAGCUCGCAAGCACAAGAAACGCCCGCCGCGCAUCAAGCUCCCGGACACCGCCAUCUCAGGAACAACUGUUGAUGGCCACCGUCACAUUGCGAUAUCCAUUCCUAUUCAACAUGCCCACAUUGGCCCGGAGUCACGGCUCAGGUUCCCGAGGUCCGAAAGAAGGACGAGAUCCCUGCCGAUUGUUGAGAUGAACCCGUUUUACAACGACGUCAAUGUCAGGCCGAUGACGGCUUUUGUUAACGAGCCACAUAUAGGGACACAAUUGGGGCCUGUGGCUGAAGAGCGAGAAUCACUAUCCUCGAGAUCUUGGGAGAGAUCAAGCCAAGGAGGGCUGGAUGAGGCGCGCAAGGUUCGACUGGCAUCGAGACAUACCUUCGGCACCGUCCAAGAGGAGCUGAGUAGGCCUAACACACGCUCCAUGUCGCCUCCAAAGACGCCGCGGCGUGUUAGCGACGACUCCUGGUCGCCACGUACAAGCGACGAGACGCGCGAAUUGAUACACAGGCAGGCGCUUGCCGCUUUACAACGGCCGAAGACAGCUCCGAGGCCCAUCAGCGGCCAGUCAGGCUACAGCUUCCGCUCUUUUGCCUCGGCGUCGCCAGCUUCCAAAGUGGCCUACCCAAUGCGAAAGUCUAGCCUUCACCCCCAGGUUCUUGACAACAGACGAUCGCGAGCACGCAGUGACUCUGACCAGCGCGCUCAGAACGAGCGUAGCCGCGAUUCAUCGAGGGAUCAGUACACGCUCCAGGAGUCUAUCUUCUCAGAACCGUCGUUCUUGGAGAGCUACGGCACAGUGGCAAGCGGCUCAGACGCCGAGCCUGGCGUCAUCAAGGAGGCGAAGCGAGCGAAGCGGUUCUCUGGGACGGUGGAAAUCGUGGAUACGCCCCCCAGGACGAGCCUUGAGACGGGAGAAGCGAGUGGUAGGGAGAACGCAAGGGUUUUCGUGAAAGAGAAGAGACGGAGCAGCGGUCACGACAGCAAACGGUCGAGUGGGCACGGGAGUAAGAGGAGUAGCAAACGAAGCAGCAAGAGGAGUAGUGGUACGAUCGAGGAAGAGGAGCCUCCGGAGAUGACGAGGAACUCGGCAGCCACAAUGUUGUUCAACCCGGAAGUCAAGAAAGUUGACGAGAGUAUCACGAGGCAGCCGCAGUCACGGAGGUCUGUAGAGGUUGUGGUGGAAACCCCUCCCGACACCUCUUUCCCGCGCGAAGAGCCCGGCGCCAAGGAUGAGGGAAUUGUCGAAGUAGGGAAGCCUUCACCUGGGGGCCCGAAACAGGAAAGCGAGGGGAAAGGAAAGGAGAAGCAGCAGGUGCUUCGAGAAAGCUCGAUGUCGGGCAUUCCUUCACAGAAGAUGGCAUCCGAGGGCAAGGGCAAAGAGAAACAGCAGGCACUUCAGGAAAGCCCAAUGUCGAACUUGCCGGUGCAAGAGAAGGAGCCCAAAGGAAAAGCGAGCCCGGAACGUGGGGCUGCGGAUGGAGUACCAAAGCCCAAUGCGAAAGUAAAGGGAGAGGAAACACAACAAAGUCCAUUGCCGAGCCCGAAACAGCGGAAAGAGAAGAGGAAGUCAACCAUAUUGACCAGGUCGCAGCGAAUCGCUGAACUGAAGAAGGCCCUGGAGAUGCCUGGCUCCGAGCCCAAGGACCUGGUCUUGCGGAGGCUCAGCAUCUCGUCCGACGGAAGCUCGACCUCGACGGAAAAAGAGGCCAGGGCAGAGCCGAAGGAUAUCCUGAUUCACGUUCCACCCAUCUCGGAGAACAACCCCUAUAGUCUGAAAACGACGCCCGGCCGCUUCGGUAUCAGUGCCGUCAUGACUAUUGCGAAUGUCAAGCCGUCCAGCCCUCACACAACGUCUCCCGUUCUGGGAGUCGAGAAGAAGAAUUCCCUGGCACUUUCAGUGUCCUCACCAGGCACCGUGGCUACCGUCGUUAUGACCUCGCCAGUGCCACCGUUCCGGAGCCUCGGCAGUGUCACGCCGCCAGACUCACCUCCACAAUCGCGAUCGUCUUCCUCGCCAAUCUCAUCGCUCGAGACACAGGUGCAGGCCACGGCACUCAAGCACCCGCCACUCAAGCGCCUCGGCUCUCUGCGCCGGCGGGCGUCUAUUCCCGGCCGACAAUCGCCAGCUCUGUCUGGCAGAAUAUCACCGGCCAUGCAUGAGAAUACGCCCAGGCCCAAGACGGCUGGCAAAGGGCUCCUUGCAUCGAGGAAGGACUUCUUUGGCGGCCGCCAAAGCCCCGAGUCGCCUGAACAGGACAGGGGCGAGGCCAGCACGUCUGUUCUGAAGAUGUCCCGCUCUGAGAUAUUUGACCGCUACGAAGCACUGCGCGAAAAGCAAACGCGGGACCUGGAGAAGCGUUUGGAGCGGCUUGAGAGGAAUGGCGAGUACUGGCUGACGUCGAUGCUUCCGCUGCUGACGGACUUGAGCCAGACGCUGGGGGAACUGGUCAAGGGCAAGGGACAACAGGCCGACCAGGAAGCUGAAGGCCCGAACAUCAGGACCGUGAGGAGGCCCGAGUAUAGCUCUCACAACGACGGCAGGCAGAGCCGAUUCGGCGGCCGAUUCGACGCGGAAGAAGCUGCACCAAGCACGCGGAGAAGGUACAUGCCCGGAGACGAGUCUUUCGAAAGUGACGAGGAAAUCGUGCGCCGCCCUUACGUGCCCACGGAUCGUUCGAGAGCCAACACUGGCGUAUCCGAACGAUCUCGCCGCCUGUAUUUACUUGACGAGCAACCCGGCUCGGACCACAGAGCCGACCGGCGCCGCACGCGCAGCCACAGCCGUCACCGCCGGCCACAGUCGCCGGACGGGUCAAGGCAGCCCGGGACCUUGUCUGGAACCACGACAAUGAUCGACACGGGCAGUGGAGCCCGCACAAGCUCCAUGGGAACGGUAUCCAGGGCGCCGGCCAACCCGGCACAGGGCCCGCAGCGCCUGCAGGACGAGGUCGAGGCGGAACUGGAGCGCAUCAAGCGUAUGGAGCGGCUCAACGCGCGCAUAGACUCGCACAUGCGAGGGCUCACGCGCGAGCUGAGCCACCACCGGCGUGGGUGGUCACCGCCGCCACAGCAUAUGCCGUCGUCGUCCCGGGCCCACCAGCACGGCAGCGCUCCGGGCCUGACCAGGUACGAGAGCCGGAGUGAGGCAAGCUUAGCGAGGUACGCGGGCGGCGCGCGGGACGAGAGUGGAGGCAGGGCGUACUACAGCGGGAUGCAGACGGUGGAGCCCAUCAUGCGAGAGCUGCAGUCGGGCGGGGGCCGGCUCAGCCUCGAGAGCUCUGGGUCGGCCGGCGGGUUCGAGGGGGACAGCGAGGUGCAGCGCCUGAGGGAGGGCCCGCGGGCGGUGAUUGGGUUCGGCGCUUUUGGAGGGCGCAGGCCCUGA